UUUCAUAUGUGGACGUAGGAAAUUUUUACUGAAGACUUCGGUUUGACAUUAUUUUAAGUGUUACUAAAACAAGCAUAGAACAGCAAUAUGGCCAGUUGGACUGCAAUGAAAACACGCAUUACUGCUUCUGUACGUACUACAAAUCGCAUAAAUGCUCUACUGACGGAGUCAAUGUUUGGAAGGCGUAAAGCAUUAUUGAAAGCCUCACAAAAUGAAGGUGAAAAUGAUGGCGAUAUUGAAAAUGAGAAACCAAAAAAUAAUUGGGAAUUCUUUCGAAAUAAUUUUAGCAUGGAACGUGCAUAUAAACUUAUUGAAACAACAAUUGAAGAACGCAUGACUUGGGACCGAUUAAGUCGAUCCUAUGAUUCAUGGCGUUCAUUGCAAUUAAUCGAGUCUUUAGCAGCUGAUAUUAGAAAUAAAAUAAAAAAAUUGAAUUAUCGAAGGUACCGCAUAAUAUGUGUUGUUUCGCUUGUAGAGAAACAAAAUCAAGGAGUCAAUAUGCGUAUGCGGUAUUUAAUGGACGAAAAGCUGGAUAAUUAUACGAAUUAUGUUUAUGAGCGUCCAACAUACUUUAUUGUUGUUACUCUAUUUUUAGUUUAUAAAGAUUAA